GAGAGGAGCAGCAGGCGGAGGAGGAGGCGCUGGAAUUGGAGCAGCAGCAGGAGGAGGAGGAGGAGCUUAUGGACACGGACAUGGGCCGCUGCUCCCCUCACACGCAACCGCGACACCACCACCCGCCGCCCUGGGUCUCAAGGCCACGACAGGCAUGGACGCCGCAGCGCGGGCGGCUGCACUCCACGCGGCAGGUGCGCCGCCCGCCGCCGGGGCUGCUCUUUCCAUGUCGCAUGCCCUCGCCGCCGCCUCCGUCUCCCAUGCUCCUUUACCUUCUGCCUUCUCCAUCUCUGUCGCGGCCGCCCUCAACUCUGCCGCCGCCCUCGCUGCGUCCAUGUCGUCGCCAGCCUCGUCUGCCUCUGCUUCGUCCGCCUCCCCAGCAGCCUUCUCCUCGUCGCCUGCAGCGUCCACUGCUAGUGCCGCCCACCUCCGGCCGCACCCCCCGCUUAGCGCCGGCCCUCUCGACAGUGGCCUGGGCGCAGGCAGCACGCAGAGCUCCAACCUCAAGCGCAACCGCAGCAACGACCAACCCCUUGGCAGGUCGACAAAGCCCAAGCCCAACGGCGACGACCACUACCUGUCGCUCAGCCUCAAUCCCAUGGACCCCCCAGUGCUGUCAUUCUACGGCACCGAACCGGUGCCUUUGCCCUCCCGGUUCGGCAAUGUCAAGCGCCGCCUGAUCAAAGGGCGCGAGGAGGCGGUGCAGGCCUCGUGGGCGCGGCUGCUGAAAGCACUCCGCGCCGAGGUUCAGCACAUAGCAGAGCAUGGUUCGGAGCUGAUACCAUCCAUUGACUUCGCAGACAUUGACAAGACCGACAAAGUUGCGCCUUUCAGAGACUCGCUCAAGCGACAUGGGAUCGGCGUCAUCCGCCGCGUUGUGCCGCAAGAGCAAGCAAGCGCCUGGGUCGAGGAGACUAGCAAGUACUUGGAGACGAAACACGACUUCAAGCCUCCCGCUGCGCAGGAUCCGACAUGUUUCGACUUUUUCUGGACACCGGCACAAGUACGCAGCCGUGCGCACCCAAAUGUCCUACAGGCGCAGCGUUUUGCCAUGGGCUUGUGGGACACUAGUGAUGAUGACAAUCUGGCGACGAGGUUUCCCAUCACGUAUGCGGAUCGCCUGCGGAUAGAAUCCAUUGUCGAUGGAAAGCUUGUUGUCAAUGGCAGCGCCAUUUCGAUCACAAAAACUCCCGAGGACAACCUCAUAGCUGCCGCCGCCGCCACAUCAUCGGCACAGAUUGCUCAGGUUGAUAACGGUAGUCUCGAACGCUGGGAGAUGGACGGCUAUGGUCGGGCUGGUCUCUACGAUGCCAUCUUCAAGGGAGAAUGGGAGGAGUACAAUCCCUGGGAUCCUGCCGGGCGGAUCAACGCGACACCGGACCUGUACAAUGGCGCGGGUGCAUGUUCAAUGCUGCGUCUGUUCCAAGGCAUUUUGGCGCUGACGGUGGUGGAGCCUGGCAUGAUCAGGUUGCUACCGUCUCCAAAACUGUCGACUGUCUAUUUUCUGCUGCGGCCGUUCUUCUCACCAACAAAGGGUGCACCAGAAGAGUCGGGUGCAACCGAGGAACAAUGGGACGAAUAUCUGGCCCCUGAGAACUGGAAGCUGGACGAGGAGCAAUCAACCAUUAUUCACGGUGCCGUAGCCGGACACGCACAGCGAGUGACUGGCGCAUGGCAUCCGCACCUGCAACUUGACAAGAGCCUGGUGACCCCGCCGACACUGCAAGUUGGCGACUACAUUGUCUGGCACCCGGACCAGGCUUACCAAUUCUCCAACACGAACUACCGUGAGAACACACUACCAACCCCGCCUGAAGGGGCGGUGGAGGGCACCAAGGGGUCUUCCGAGAACAACAGCACUUCGAUGCUGGUCUACACGCCCGCUGCCCCACUGACGCAAACAAACGCCCUUUUUCUUGCCCGGCAACGCAAGGCGUUCCUGCGCGGUCAUCCCGGGCCGGACUUUGACUCGACUGGCACUGGACUUGGCAGCGAGGCACCGCACACGGGGCGGCUGGGGGAGAAGGACAUCCGGGAGGUGGGUGGCGAGGAGGCGCUCCAGGCCAUGGGGCUCGCACCUUGGAAUCUCGGCAAGAGUAUUGUGAUCCCUACGCGCAACAGAAUACCGAGCCCGCCAUCUAGUAGUGGCAGCGGAAGUGGUGAGGGGACUGGGCGGAGAGCAAGUGAGGGCAAGGACAGCGAGAACGAGGAGACUAAGACCCCGAGCCCACGGUCACUGACGCCAACCACGCACGCCGAGGUCGAGGUGCUCAAGAUGGCCAACACCAUACUGUGGCCGGACCGGUACGAGUUUUAUAUGCCGACGAGGGCGAGCAGUCCAGUUCCCGCAAAAGAAAAGGAGAAGUAGUGGAUGGUCACGGACCGCGCAGUAUAUAUAUCUCGAGCAUAGAAACGCACAUAUAAGGAACAAUACACAAAGAUCCCGAAGAUCAGGCAGAUGAGCAGUGCGGUUGGUCCUCGUCAGUCUCCUCAUGCUACAGGUCAAGCGUGCCAAUUCGCCCUAAACCCGCAGCUUUCCGAGCCUGAAGCGUAGUUGCAAUUGAUCACAAAUAUUUUCGGCGAGAGAUUACCGUGGACCGGAUUGUCCAAUCACGCCCUUCUGCCCGCCCCGGAUCAGGGUCUUCAGGUGAC